AUGAAACGGACUGGGCACACGACACUUCCUCUGGACACCCCAUUGCAUAGUCCAUCUACAAGCAAACCCCCCACUCCGGCGACCUCCCGUGGUCCAUAUACGGAGCCAUCCCCAGUCAGAAUCGUCAGCGAUAUCUUGCCUCCCAAGAUUCCCUCCACUCCCACCGUGCCCUUUUCCGCUACCCCUUCGAAAACGUAUCCUGCGACCGAUAGCGUCCGCAAGACGAAGUAUGCAACCGACGAGCAGAGGCGUGAGGCUACUAGCCGUGCCUUGAAAGAACGAUGGGCCUCCGGGCGCAUGGAUCAUGUACACAAGAAGCGUAUCGAAACUAUGCGUCGUAGGAAAGAAGAGGAGGCAAAACUGGCUAACUCGGGCGUCAACAAAGCCUCUAGCUUUAAAGAGACCCCUGUUUACCCACCGAAGUACCCAUUGCCCCAACCCAAUGGCCCUGGUGCAAGCCAGGUUGGGGAACCAACGGCUCAGGAGCAGCGCCAAUCUUUGAGCGCGUCAGAUUCUAGCUUUUCGGACUCGGAGUCAGAGUCAUCGGAUGGAUCAGAUUAUGGCCCACUUGACACUGAGAACAUGGAUUUUGAACCGCCCGCGCCGACUCCCGAAACUCUGUCUGGUCAUGCUGGCAACAAUGGCGUCGGAAGUCAGGGGGCUCCCUCGGCCACACCCACUGAUAUACAAGCACGUGAGCAUGUUAGCGCAGAUCCGGGAGAGAUGGGAAUGGAAGAGAAGAUGGUCCCUCUAGGCCAUUCGUACUCGAAAUGGAAAGAUGUCAAUGGGGUUCUACAAGGAACUUACGGUGCCCUUCUUCCCGAGGGAUAUCAAUUCUCGGCAGAGAUUCCUGGCCACCCGUGGAUAUGCCCGCUUAGAACGUGCCGCAGGGCUUUUCCAGCGCUUAUUAAACUUGGUGGACACUUUAAUCGUGCGCAUAGAGGUGUCCGAUUUCACGACAAUGAAGAUGGGACAUUUUCGGUACGGGACCCGCCACGUGAGUCGGGGGGUCCUAUAGUCGCUUCCAAGGGGCCAGCCGAUCCCUUGGAUCCCCCACCCGUAGCGGCCUCAUUUCCCAUCGCGCCCCAGUAUCCGAAUACCGUGGAUGUCGAUACACCCAUAUCUACAGAUGUCCCUGCCGUGGAGCAGGGGCCAGCUUCAGAAGGCGAUCCUUCAGCCCUCUGGGGAUAUCUUGAACCGUUUCUUGUCAAACACAAGGGGCCCAACAUUCCGACUAUAGGGUGGGUCAGGCAACUGCUACCGUUACCACGAGUCCGCGACUUGGAUUGGAACACGGCAUGGCUAUCCAACCACCCGUACAACGACACCCAUCCCAGGGACAUCUCGGCGCUGAUCGUACAAGUGACUGGGGAGGCUGCGCCGCAGCCGUGCGAGCGAUGCAGUACCAGUCAGGGCCCCUUCCGGUCUUGCGUCAUGAUUUCCUCUCGGGCGGACAACGCCGCUCGCAGCGCCAUCAUUUCCUGCGGGAACUGCUUUUACCAUUUUCGUCAAUCUAAAUGCUCACAUAGGUUCUGGGGGGCGACACGUAGACCCUUGCCCCAAGACGGUGGCCCCGCGGAUGUGGACAUGAUGGACGUGGACAGUGCAGAGGCGCUGGCUGAGCUUGAAGACGAUGAGAAGGAGGAAGCGUCAGGAGGAAGCGCUGCUUCGAGUGAAGCUCCCUCAGGUUUGGGGUCGACCACGCCUAUGACAGGUAACAUCCCAACGGGACUGUACGAGGCAGAGCCUGGGAGGCCGUAUACUAAAUGGCCAGAUGAACAUGGGAAUCUCAUAACCGCCUAUGGAUGCCUGCUUCCUGCGGGAUAUCAGUUUGACACAACGUAUCCCAACAUGAAAUGGGUGUGCCCUGUGCGCGACUGCCGGAUGACGCACUCCCAACUCCGGUUUUUGGGCUUCCAUUUUGAGCGGACCCAUUGGGGUGCCUUGUUCAACGACAACCGCGAUGGGACGCUCACUGUCAAAGGCACCUACGGCGGGGACAGGGCCUCCGCCCUUGGAAAUGGGGGCAAGAUCCUGAUCCAAGCUCCUCCCAUCGUGGUUUCAAAUGAUAUAUUGACCUCUCAAACCCCUCUCGUUCAACCGCGGCUGCGCCAACAUCUUGCGGCGGCAACCCAGUUCGACGUCAGACGUGGUCGGUCUAGAGAUUUUCGAGCUAAGGACACAACAGCAGAGCUGUGGGCCUACGUUAAGGAACACGUCGCCUCGACGACAGAAAUCCCCGGGAACAGCGUGGUGAAGCACCUUCUCAAGCUCCCGAAACAACGAGAUGUCCCAUAUAACACCCACCACCGGGCCAAGAGAUUCGAGGAGAGUCAACCCCGAGACGUCGCUGCCAUGUUAAUCCAGAUCACUGGGGACGAAGCCGAGCCCGGAGAGACUUGCAAAAGGUGUCUGAUGGCGAACGCCGCUAGGCGUGGACGACGUGAAGGCCGGUCAAUCGGCGGCACGUCCCCAGCUGUCUUUACUCUCCCAAUUAUCCUACCUUGGCGUUCGCUCCCCGCUACCUCCAUCAUUUUACCCAGCCGAUCUAACCUCAAACACGAAACAGCAAUCGCAUACUCCAAGCUUUUCCUCUCCGCCACAUCUAGUUCUGCUAUUCCUGUCGACGAUGGCAUAGCCUUCCGUGUCAACACCAUCGUAAAAGGGCAAGCUCUCGCUUUGGAUGCCGAGCUUGACACUACGCGGCUGUGCGCUGUGGCCUCCGGCAAGGUCAAGGCGAAGAUAGGCGAAGAGCCAGAAUUUGCUGUUGGGCCGCACGGGUUGUUCAAGGUCAAAGCUGGUACAAACUGCACGGCUCGGAACGAGUGGGAAUUAGAUGCUGUGGUGUUUAUAUUUCAUGUACAAAGUCUGCCCUGA